AUGGAUGCUGAAUUACAUUUUACUAUUGAAGCAACAACAAAAGGUAAUACAAUAUUUUCACUUGUUUGUCAAACAAUUGGUCUUCGAGAAUAUUGGUAUUUUGGUCUUAAAUAUUUUGAUAAAAUUUCACAUGAAUGGAAUUGGCUUCAAUCGAAUCAUACAAUUAUUUCACAACCAAUACAAAUUUUAUCUAAUUCAAUUCUAUAUAAAACAUCUGAUUCAUCUAAUUUAACAGAUUAUUUUAAUCCUCAUCUUUUACGUUCACCACCAAUAUCUCCAUCAAAAUCAACAUUAAAUCUUUCAUCUUCUGUAAUUAAUGUUGGUCUACAAUAUAUAAAAGGUAUUAUAGAACUUUAUUUUGUUGUGAAAUUUUAUCCUGAAGAUAUUACACAUGAACUUAUACAAGAUAUUACACGACAUCUUUUCUAUUUACAAGUUAAACAUGAUAUUCUUAAUAUGGAUAUUUAUUGUCCACCAGAUACUGCUGCACAUCUUGCGUCACUUUCACUUCAAGCAAAGUUUGGUGAUUAUGAUCAAAUUGAAUCUUCAUCUGAAUCAUUAAAUUUAGAAAAUGAAGCUUUAUUACCAUUAACAUGUUUUCAAAAAAUUGAAUUAUCUCGUAAAGAUUGGUUUGAUCGUAUAAUUGCCUUAUGGCGUACACAUGCAUUAUUAACAAGAGAAGAAGCUGAAAUGUCUUAUUUAAAACAUGCACAAGAUUUAGAUAUGUUUGGUUUAUCAUUUUUUGAAAUAUCAAAAAUGCAUGGUACAAAUAAAUCUUCGUCUGAACAACAACAAAAACAAUUAGAUCAAUCACCUAUUGCUGCUGAACUUUGGCUUGGUAUUGAUUCAUUAGGAAUUCGUUUUUAUAAGAAAAAUAAAUUAAGACCAGAAGUGUUCUUCUCAUGGUGUGAUAUUAAAUCUGUUACAGCUCAUGAUAAAAAAGUCAUAUUAAAUUUAACUAGUGAUAAACAUGCAACAUUUGCAUUUUAUGCUGGAAAAUCAUCUGUGAGCAAAGAGAUACUUGAUUUAGCAACAGGUAAUCAUGAAUUAUAUAUGAAACGUCGACAAGAACAAUCAAUUGAAAUACAACAAAUGAAAUAUUUUGAAGAACAACAACAAAAAGAAAAGAUGCGAUUAUUUACACAAGAACGUAAAUUAAGAUUACAAGCAGAAAAACAACGUGAUGAAAUAGAAUGUAAAUUUAUUGAUUAUCAACAACAAAUGAAAGAACUUCAUGAAACAUUAGUUAAAUAUCAAGAAGCAACAGAAUUAUUAGCACGUAAAGCACAUAUAAAUAGUGAAGAAGCUCGAUUACAAACAGCCAGAGCACUUGAAAUUGAAGCACAACUUGAACGAUGUAAAUAUGAAAUAAGUCGAAAUGAAGAAGAAAAACGAUCAUAUACUCAACAAAUUCGUGAAUGUGAACAAGUCAUUUCAACAUUAGUCAAUGAUUCAAUUAAAAAUCGUAAAGAAGCUGAGGAAUUGAAAUUAGAAGUUGCCAAAUGGCGUAUAGCUGAAGCAGCUGCACGAGAAAAACUUUUGGCUAUUACUCAAUUCAAUCAAUCACUUCCUAUUUCAAAUGCAACAACACAUACUCAACAUAAUCUUGUUCAAUCAUCAUCAUCAUCAAGAACAACAACAGCAUCUCCACCACCUUAUCGACCGAUUACAAAAGUUCAAGAAUCAAAUUCAACAGAUGAAAGAACACAUUUUAUUGAUAAACAAACACAAUUAGCAUUACAAUUACAAGAUUUAAAAAAUGUUAUUCAAUCAAAAAAAAUUGAAGAUCAACAAACACCAUUAGAUAAAGCCUAUGAAGAAAAUUUAGCUGUAGGUGAUAAUAAAUAUUCAACAAUACAAAAAGCACGAUCAGGUACAGCUUUAAAACGUAUGGCUAUGUUACAAGAUUUGUAA